ACUGCGCGAAUCAGUCAUUUUCGUGAAUCAGAUCAACAUCAUCCAUCAAAGCUCGUGUGCCGACGGUGCCGACCGAGAAACCCUUUCCGCUUAUCCGGGUUUCAGAUCAUAUUGAAGGGCAAUCCACAAUUCCGUCGUCGGAACAGUACUUCAGAUUGUGAGGGUGCAUGUAAUCGGGACAGGAUCACCAUGAAGCAACCGAACAUUCUCGUCACAGGAACGCCCGGCGUCGGCAAGACGCAUCUGUCCAAGCGAGUAGCCGAACAGCUCGGGUUCAAGUGGCAAAACGUAUCGGAUAUAGCCAACCAAAAUGGGUUCGUCGAGGAGUACGACGAGGAAUUCGAGUGCCCGGUGCUGGACGAGGACAAGCUGCUGGAUCACCUGGAACCGAUCAUGCAGGAAGGUGGAAAUGUAGUCGAGUACCACAGUUCGGAAUUCUUCCCGGAACGGUGGUUCCAGGCCGUAUAUGUGGUCCGGUGUUCAACUUCCUUGCUCUAUGAACGGCUUCAGGCCCGGGGCUACAACGAUCGGAAAGUGAAAUCCAACAUGGAAUGUGAGAUCUUCCAGAUUCCGCUGGACGAGGCCAAAGAUUCCUACCGGAGCGAAAUCAUCGUCGAGCUGCAGAGUGACACCGAGGCCGAUCUGGACGGCAACGUGAAGCUGAUUGCCGACUGGCUGGAACACUGGCGGAGUGCCAACGAGGGCAAGAAGCAGUAGAUUAAGAGUUCCGCAAUGCCAAUCGUGUCACAACCACCACCGGUUCGAAUCCCAAAAACAAAAUCUAAAAUACGAAACCAUAUGCCCCGUAUACCUUAUACCUAUAUUCCUUAGUAGAGGAUUUGUGUUCAGAAUAUUUUUGAGCAUCGAGUCAACACCCCCUGCUUUAAACACUACACUGUAAGCGCGCGCAACAAGUAUUUAUGAACGUUUUUUGGCCUGUCAAAAUUGUUAAGCGACAAUUGAGUUACUUUUUAAGAAAACAAAAAAAAGGAAAAUUAAUAAAAUUAAUUAGGAUACAAUCUACACACCAAAA